CCGAUUUAAAAAGAGCUGCCGGGGAGCUGGGGCAGACAGAUCAGAGAGGAUAACACAGGCAGCCUUCUCCCCCCUUCCCACAGCCCGCUGAGAGAUUUCUCGCCGGAAAGUUCUGUUUUAUUCAUUGCAACUUAAAGCGGCGAUUUGAAAACUUUUUGCAGAAGUUUUGGAAAAAAGUUUUUUUUCUCUGCGAAAGUUUGCCAGCCGCUUGUCUGCAGUGCGGGGCUGCCGCAGCCUCUCCCCAACAUGCUGGGCUGCUUCCCGGUGCUGCUGUUUCUGUGGGGGGGUCACUGGAGCGGCUCGCUGGCGCUGGGACCCCGGGUGCACUGCCAGCCGUGCGACCAGAAGUCUGCGUCCGUCUGCCCGGCUCCGCCGGCCGGCUGCCAGUUGGUGAAGGAGCCGGGCUGUGGCUGCUGCCUCACUUGCGCCCUGGAGGAGGGUGAGAGCUGCGGCGUUUACACCGAGCUCUGCGCCGCGGGACUCAAGUGUCUGCCGAAGCCGGAGGAGGAGAAGCCGCUGCACGCCCUGCUCCACGGCCGCGGCAUCUGCAGCUCGGCCAAGGGCCACCGGGGCACCGAGCCCACGCCAGAGAGAGGGUCCCCCGAGAGUGAGGAGGUGGUGGGUCCUGAGGCAGCGGGCGAGGGGUACAUCACCAAGCCCGUGAAGAAGCAUGGUCGGCUGUCCAAUCAGAAGGUGGAGGCCUUGAAGCGGGAUCGGGAGAAGCGACUGCGUGUGUCCAAGAUCAUCUCGUCCUCUGAGAACACUGCACACGAUCGGCACCAGUCCGGAUACAAGCACGAGUCCGAGCUGGGUCCGUGUCGCAGGCAGAUGGAGGUGGUUCUGCAGAGCCUGAACAAAGCCGUCUACCUCAGCCCCGACGAGGUCUACAUCCCCAACUGCGAUCGCAAGGGCCUGUAUAAACGCAAGCAGUGCAAACCGUCGAAGGGGAAGCGACGGGGCCUGUGUUGGUGUGUGGACAAGUACGGUUUCAAGCUGCCUGGCUCAGAUUACAUGCAUCACGACUUCCAGUGUCACAACUUGGAGACUGAUUGACGUGCAUCCUCCAGCCCAGUCUCUUCUCCUCUUCAACCAACCGACCAUCUCCAGAGGACCUCCCUCCUGAGCUGUUGGCUGACCAAAGACUGUAAAACAGUUUGGCCGCGAGUGCAGCAAGAAACCUAAAGUAUAAUAAUUUUACAAAAUAGUAUGCUAUUAUUACUUUUUGGGACACCGGAUUUGUCAAGCUACCACCAGCUGGUUUUAUUUACUUUUCGUUCUCUACAAAAGAACCUGUUGCUAAUGGAAAUUUGAUUUUAAGAGACAAAAAGGCUCAAGUUUGGGUAAUUCUGUUUAUUUGUCAGCAUGCGAUACCCUUCCUAUAAUGUAAGAAGAUCUUUAACCCCCAAACUCCCAGUGAGUUAAUGGAAAGUAUGCGACCCAGUAAUGGAACCCACUGUCUGGGAGGUUCCUGGCUAGACCAGGGGACGAGAGAUCUGUGGCUUUGUGUCUUCCUUCUUUCUGUUGGUGGUGGGAGGAGGAAGGGUGGUGGGCGAGCAGUCUGUCACCUCCACAGUGGAAGAGGGACGAGACCACAAGCUGCAAGUCGAUGUGGCUGAACCUUUGUGUUAAUGGAAUUGUGAAGUGGGGAAGGGAUGUACACCACUCAGCCCCCAACUCCCGGGCUAAAUAUGCUACCGUACCUACAGGGUGCAGUGCGAGAUCCCCACCCUUGGGUGCUGCUGCAGUACUGCUUGCUGCCACAAGGGGGCGACACUGUGGAGCGAACGGUGGCGCCCCCUAGUUGCCGACAUCUGGUACUGCAGUGAGAAGCCCCCCUUCUGCCUCUGUCUCUCCUGGCUGCCCCAGUGGUUGUGGCUAUCGCUUCUCUGGGGGGUGGGAAGGGGUUGGGGUGGUUCCUACUACCCCCUUCUCCUCACCUGCUGGGGAAUGGCCUUACCUCUCCUUGGGCUGGAGGAUGGGCAAUGAAACUGGGCUGGUUGCUUCCUCUCUCCUGCUCUGCAUUGGCAGAGAGUUGGGGGUUUUGACGGCACUGCUGUGGCCACUGGCUCUUCCUCCCACCCAACCAUUCACCAUAUUGUCUCGACCGGCUGUUUGACCUUGUGUGGCAUCACACCUGUUAAAGUGCUCCCUCCUUGCCCUGCACCUUCCCGGCAAUAGCCCCUGGCUCAGACAAAGCCAAGUUGGCGGUUUCUCUUCCUCUCACAGCGCCAGAGACCCGGGUUCGAUCCCGACCUCUGGCACUGUCUGUGUGGAGUUUGCACAUUCUCCCUGUGACUAUGUGGGUUUUCCCGGGUGCUCCGGUUUCCUCCCACAUCUCAAAGAUGUGCGGGUCGGUGGGUUAAUUGGCUGCUAUAAAUUGCCCCCAGUGGUUGAAGGGUAGAAUCUGGGGGAAGUUAAUGGAAGUGUGGGGAGAGCAGGUUACAAGGAAUAUUAUUGGGGGGGUGGGGGGUGAUGGGAUUGUUCUGUGAGCCGGCAUAGACACGAUGGGCCAAAUGGCCAUCCAUGUUGAAUCUGGGGCUGUGGUGGCUGCUUCCCAGCAAGGGACCCGUCCCCCAGCCACCUCACUCAGUGGGUGGCCCCACGCCCAACCCGUCAGCUGAGCCACCCGCCAGGGAACCUCGAUCUCCACAGAGAAGGCCAAAGUCCCUUUUGACCCUGGAGAAGACAGAACGGGGAAGUGAGGAGUCCCAGACCCGGGGUGGGGGGUGGGGGGUGGGCAAACAAUACGAAGCGUGGCUCCCAGGGGAGGAGAUUCCCUCUGCGGAUUUUGUGUGGAAAUGAAGAUGGGAAACUAUGAACAACAUUAGGACUGUGUUUUGACCGUGUUCCUCUGUUUGCUGUGCUAUACUGAUGGGAUUUCUCUGAAGUGCGACUCCUUCACUCCUCAAAGGUUAGAACAGCAGCUGAGGUUAAAUGAUGACUUUCCUUCUGCUCUCAUCCGUCCACUCUCCCUGUCAUGAGCUCUUCAGCCCAUGUCUCCAGUGUAACUCUGCCUGAUCCAUAGUUGGGACCCAGACGCAGCUGUGGUCCUAUCACCUGGACGGUCCUGGCUGUGUCCAGCACCAGGGCACCGUCUCCAGGUGAGGGGUCAGCCAUUUAGAAUGCAGGGUGGUGAAUUUUGUAGGUUUUUUCCCCAAAGGGAGCUGGAUGCUCAGACGAGGCAUGAUAGGGAAGGUAUUGAGAUGUUUUCACCGGUGGGGGAGUGUUGAAUGAGGGCACAGAGUUACAAAAUUAGGGGGUGGUCAUUUUAAAUGGAGGUGUGUAGGAACAACUUCUCACAGAGGAUGGUGAAUCUCUGCAAGUCUCUGAAGGGUUGUGGAAGCCACAUCAUUGAGGGGAGAUAAGCGUUUGAAAGAUCAACGAAUUGAGGGCUGUGGGAACUGGCGCAGUCAGGCUUGGGGCUGCUCAGCAAUGAUUAUAUUUAAUGUCAGGGCAGACUUGAGGGGCCGAGAGGCUCCUUCUGCUCCUAUUUCCUUGUGGAGAUUAACAGAAUGAAGAGAUAAAAAGGAAGGUGGCGAUGAGAUGGAGGAACAGGUGCGAGGGGCUGAACAGCUCCCUGUUCCUGUACCGACGGGCUGACCUGCUGGAGGAGAGUCUGGGUGUUGAGUGGAGUGGAUUGUCCCUGGGAUUGUUGCCUGCAGUGGUCCCUGUGGGUCUGAGGGGCAUCGUGUCCCGUGCUGCAUGUGAAACUAUAGGCAAUGCUGGUUUCAAAUGUCGUAAUGGAAAGGGUACCGUCCUGUACGAGGGGGAGACUGAUGUGACCAAGGGAACACAGUUCAGAGAAAAGCUGUGAUUGGAUUGGUGAUCCAGAGAAUAGGAGUUCAACAGGUUCACAAACAUUCCCCAGGGAAGUAAAUCCCUGACCUUCCCCGUCUAGGCCCAGACACGCCCUCAGCUCCACACCAACCUCUCAGCAGUCAGGGAUCAGUACCAAUAAAGGCCAAUGCAUCUGUGAGCACUCCAAGGAAUCCUGACCAUCCUCAGGACCUUUCAGACCCAUUGACUUGUGAUCCAGCAUCUCUGAACUCUCAGUGACCCUGUGAUCCAGUGUGUCUCCCAUCUCCCAGUGUCUCCAAUCUCCCAGUGACCAUGAUCCAGUGUGCCUCCAAUCUUCCAGUAUCGUUCCAUCUCCCUGUGAUCUAGUGUGUCUCCUAUCCCCGUGUCUCCAAUGACCUUGUGUGCCUCCAGUUUCCCAGUGACCAUGAUCCAGUGUCUCUCUGACCUUCCUGGUGUCUCCCUGGUGACCAGUAGCUCUCCAGUCUGUGCAGGUCAGCCCAGUGAGCCACUGCACUGGGUGAUGACACGCAGUGUUGUCCUAUCGCCGGUGAUGGCGUGUGGUGUUGUCCCACCGCCGGUGAUGAUGCACGGUGUUGUGCCACCGCUGGUGAUGGCGUGUGGUGGUGUCCCAUCGCCGGUGAUGACGGGGUUAUUUGGCAGGGAAUAUUUCCACCGGUUGGUGAGUGGGUUACUGGGAGUGGGAGGACUGACGGAUCUUGUGCUGCAGGACGGUGUACAGUGAGGGCCAGUUCUGGGUCAAAGGGAGAUAAUGGUCCCUGCCUGGGUGAAAGUCACGCUGGUACAACAGAAAAGGACGAAGGUUCAGAACGAAACCUGAGUUGAGCGACUACCCCCCAACCCAAACACUUUCAUCCUCAGCAACACACUGCCUAACAUUUCACUCUGCAUUGUCACAACCUGUGUAACCCUCGACCUAACAACCUUGUGACUGGACGAGACUUUCUUUCAUGUCUAAUGAAGCAGAAAGUUUUAGCAAAUAUUCUGUUGUGUUUUGUACUAAAUAUUUUUGUUACAUUUCUGAUGAGGUGGACACUGUACGCUAUUUAUUCGACUCUAAUUUAUCUUAUCCUUCAUCUUUGUCUUUUGUCAUGACAAAGCAUUUAUUUAAUAAAGAUAUGUACA